CGAUACAAUUUGUUGAUUAAUCAUCCAUCGAUAUUACCAACCCUGGACGACGGUGGCGUGGCGAGAGUCGAGCUAGGAAUGAAAAAAGAUGCAGCUACCACGAGGGCAUAUUUUAUAGUGACCCAGGCUAUCAGUCAACUUGGGCCAUUGGGUAUGUUAUUUACUGCAGUGAAAGCGUGACGCUUGUUGUUUGUGGCGGUUGUCAAGGGCUUAACGCAACGCGUGGGUUAAAAGUUCGCGCGCCUAGCUGAUCUGGUAAAACCGGCCAAGUUUCACUUGCUCGCAAGUACAGCCAACGUUACUGUCGUAUUUGACACUUGUUUAUCUAAGAAUCCACCAGUUUUUGACCUUCAGCGUUCUUUCCGGUGGCACUUUUUCCUCACUUGGCGUUUGCCGUUUGCCGUCGGGAACGAACUGUGCCGGCAACAAUGUAGCUCUCGGACCAGCCGGAAACUCGAUCGGCAUCGCGCGAGCGUGCCGCCGCCGCUACGGAAAAAGUAUGGAGGACAUUUCGUUGCCCCACGACACCAGAGUGGAAGAUAUUUUAGCCGACUAUUUCACAAAGAAGAUCGAAGGGAAGGACGCCGAGGCCAAGGAGAAGCGCUCCGACUCGCAGCACAGUUCCAAGUCCAAGAAGUCCAAGAAGCGGAAGCACAAGAAGAAGAAAAAACACAAAUCACGAAAAGCUCAUUCAGGGAACGAGGAGGAUGAACCUGCUCGCUCCAGUGCAGAUGAAUGCUGGGUGGAGGUGACGGUAGGCAACGGCAAGGAGAACUCGGCCAAGGAUAAGUCAGAUAGUACUGACAAAGAACCAAAGAAGAAACUCAAGAGUAAGAGCAAGCGUAAAGACACUAGCGCUUCUUCAAAUACGGAUGCUGUAGCUGGUCAAGAUAUGCCAAAGGGAGAUAAGGAUGGUGCAUGCAAAGAUGACGACCACAGCAGCAAAGGUGGCAGUGAUCAGAAGGAGCCAACAAGUAAGGAUAACGUUAAGCAGCAGGCUGAACGCUCUGGUCGCUCAUCCAGAAAGUCAAGCUCAUCUACAUCUCCGGCCAAGAGCAACCGCGCUUCAAGUAGCUCGGACUCUGACGAUGACCACAAAAAUGCGUCCGCAGCAGAGCCUGCUAGCCAUACUUCAGAAGCAGAGUCAUCUAAAAAACCAACGAAAAAGAAAGGGCGAAGCUACAGGACAAAGCGCUGUCGGUCGUCUGGCUCAUCUGAAUCGUCCGAGGAUGACCAAGACAAGCAGAGCAGAAGUCGAAGCCGAAGCCCAUCGCACGGGGCGAGCCCUCGCCAUUCCAGGCAGAACAGGGCACGUAGUUCCAGCAGAAGCCGGCAUGACACCCAAAGCAAGGAUUUGAGACGAGAAAGGAGCAAGAGCAGAGAUGAUAGAAAAUAUGACCGAUCACGAGAUCAUUCUCGUAGUCCGAAAAGGUCGAGUCCCAGUAGAAGCCAGCGUCGCGGCCGAAGUCGCAGCCAGCAGAGCCGUAGCCCCGCAAGAUUGAGGACUGGCCGCAGUCGCAGCCCAAGGCGGUCUGGAGGUCAUCACAGUCGUAGCCCAAGACGUAAUGAAAGUCUUCGCUGCCGUAGCCCGAGACGGUCUGAAGGUCUUCGCAACCGCAGCCCGAGGCGUACUGAAGGUCAUCGCAGCCGUAGCCCGAGGCGUUCCGAAGGUCGUCGCAGCCGCAGCCCAAGGCGUUCUGAAAAUCGUCGCAGCCCUAGCCCAAGCCAUAGUCGAAGGGGGUCGGGAAGCAAGCACAGCCGAGGUAGAACACCACCGAGGCGUAGUCAAAGCCGAAAAAGGUCAGAAAGUAGGCAGCGAGGUCGCCGUAGUCAAAGCCCUAGCUCUAAGCAAUCUCGACGAAGUACUAGUCGAGAUAAAAAGCAUGUCAGAAAAAGUCGAAGCCCUAAAGGAGAGAGGAAAAGUCGUAGUCGCAGCCGUAAGCGUUCAGUGAGCAAAGAAAGGCGCACUUCACGACAUUCGAAAAGUGGCGAAAGGAAUUCUUCAGAUGAUGGCAAGUCUGAUGACAGAGAUAAAAGCAGGGAGGAGAAGACUUCCAGUGUAAGGGCUCCAGCAUCUGAUAAGAGCAGUGCAAGUUCUGUGGAUGCAGACAGUAAACAAAAACAGACAAAGUCUGGAGAAGAGAAAGCUAAAAGGGACAAAGUGAGUGACAAAGAAAGUUCCACUGAUGCUGGCAAAAACCAGGUAGUUCUUUACGGACCGUUUGAGGAAGAAGCUAGUUUUGAUGAGGAACCAAGUCCUGAGAGAGCUGAACCAACUUCAAAAGUUUUGCAGCCCGAGACAUGCUCAGGUGUUGCUGGCAAGACUUCGAAACACCAGCCAGCUACCAGUAGCCUUGAUGCAGUGCCGCUUCCAGCAGAGCCUGUGGCCCAGUCAGAAGACACUCUGCUAGAGGACAUGGACAUUUCAGACUCGCCAUCCUCCGGUGGAGUGCUAGAAGUAGAGGACAGCCUCAAUCAGAACCUUCCUUCUGGAGAAAAUCAGUGCUUGCCCUCCAACACUUCUCCGCAUCAAACUGAAACCAGGACCUCACAGCAAUGUGUGCAACCACAGAAGGUUGCCACACCUGAAGAGACGUCAAAGAAGGCAACUCCUGUUAGAGCUGCAAUUCCUUGGAAUUAUAAUGAAGCACAGCCGCCACCACAGCCAUGGGUGAAGCCUGAAGUAACUAAGCCCGUAGGGCAAGUCAGGCCUUUUGUUAGAGAGGUCAGUUCAAAUGAGUCAGCAGUGCAAAAGGGUCUCUCGCAGGUUAAGCAGGAUGGAGUUGGUGCUGUCAUGGCUACAGUGCAGCCAUCCACUGAUCCUCCAUUGAGUGCUCCCAGCAAGGCCACAAACAAAGCUGAAGAGCUGUCUGUUUUGGCAAGCCCUGCUGCAAAGGUGGCUGAGCAACCUGCUUUUCCUGAUCUUUCAGCAAAGCUACUGCCACAAAUGUCUCUCACGACUGUGCCGCCACCUGUAAAUGUGCACGGUGGGGCAUUGUAUUCGGCUACUGUGAUGCCAGUACAUGUCACGUCACCCUGUGUGGGUAUGCCAGGGCACGGUCAAGCUGGCCCUGGUGCUAUUCCGCCAGUCACACAAGAAAAGCCCCCACAUGUAAUGGAGCCGCAGCAAAGUCCACCCCGGGGGUCGGACUCAGUGGACUCAAGUGGUGCUGCUUCCAAGGUUGUUGGCUUAACUGGAAGUCAAUCAGUCCCUUCAUCUCCCACCAAGGAGUCCAAAAAUGCAGAUACAGCUCCAGAUGUAGGCGCUGCAGAGAACACCAAGGACACCAAUGAGUCUGGGAGCUCAUCCAGAAGCUCUUCUCCAGCAGAGCGGCGAAGUCGAAGCAGUAGCAAGGAAAGAUUGAACUCUCGCAUGUCUAGAAGCUGUAGUGGGGACCGAGAAACCGUAAAGCGAUCACGAAGUAGUGAAUCUCAAAGCCCAAGCAAUGACAGCAAGCGGCUGCGCAAGGAUGACCGUACGGACUUGGAGAAAAAGAAGACAAAGAGUGAGAGUCAUGAUAGACGUGGCAGUGCAAGCCCAGACCGCAGUGCACGUGACAGUCGUGCUAGGAAGAAGAGCGUGAGCCCAGACAGAAAGCAGAGCAAGAGUCAUGACCGUAAGAGGAGCAAGAGCCGUGACAAGAGGCGGAGUAAAAGCCGUGACAGAAGAAGCAAGAGUCGGGACAAAUGUAGAAGCCAUAGUCGUGAUAGAAAGGGAAGCCCAAGCCGCAAGCGGAGGAGAAGCAAGAGUCGCGAAAGAAGACCAAGCAAAAAUCGAGAACGAAAGAGAAGCAAGAGUCGGGACAGGAAAAGGAGCAAAAGUCGAGAUAGAAAGAGAAGCAGGAGCCGGGAACGACAAAGGAGCAAAAGCCGUGAACGAAAAAGGAGCAAGAGUCGAGACCGGAGAAGAAGCAAAAGCCGUGAUAGGAGGAGGAGCCGAAGCCGAGACCGGAAGAGAAGCAAGAGCCGUGAACGGCGUAGUAGUGCAGUGCGCAGUGGAGUGCGGUCGUCUCGAAGGAGAAGUGGCAGCAGGUCUCGCAGGAGCCACAGCCGCGACCAAUCCAAGAGACAUAGCCGAAGCAGAGAGAGGAUGCGCCCUCAGCGAAGCCAGAGCAGGGGCAGAGACUCAAGCAGGAGGAGAUCUAGGGACAAAGAAAUGCCUAGGGGAUGCCUGAUCCUGAAGGGAUACAAGAACGAGCUUAGCAGUGAGUCCGAGAGCAGCCCUGAAAGAAAAAGCACAAUGAAGCCAUCUUCGCCAAUCAAAAAAAGACAGCGCAGGGAAAGUGAUGCUGAAAGCGUGGACUCUGAGGAGGAUAAGCCUGAAGACAACAGGGUGGCAUCACCGAUGAUGUCUGACACUAGUAAGCCUGACACAGAUGGCAAGGGUGAUUAUUGCGCAGAUAGUGGCAAAGAGAAAGAACUUCAAAAGCUUGCAUCCUCUGAAACAUUAGGGAGCAAGGAUAAACUCAAGGAUGCCCCAUAUGGGCCGCUUCCCCCAAGUGAAGCCAGCACUUCCCCAGCAGUCAUGGAAGUGCAGCACUCUGAUGAUGAAAUGGAUGAUGAGCAGCAUGUGCAGGCUGGCUCUGAUGGUUGCUCACCAAUGAAAACGAAACCAGAUGGUAAGGCACUUGGCGCUCCUGUUGUGAGCAGCAGUAGCUCUAAAGAGAGCAUUUGCUCAGUUAAGGACACCUUGGUGGUGAGUAGCGAAAGUCAGUCUGCCAGUCUCGGAGCUUCCCAGGGCAGCAAAACGCGCAGAAGUCCAGAACCGAAGCAAGACCGACAAGAAAAAAGUACAAAUAAAGAAGACAAGGCACACAAUGAGAAGUUAAUCAUCCCAAGCGGUGAAAGCGCAGUGUCGAGCUCAACUGGCAGCCCUGGAGAUCCAGAAGGGCAACCCAAAAGCAGGCCACUUUCUGGAACCUUGCACACAGAUAAGUUGAAUGAAGAGAAUUCAUCCUCUGAGCAAUGUCCAGUGGCCUGCACAGAUGACAGCGGUAUAAAGAAGCCAAGCACGAUGACAGUCGACAAAGCUAGAGAAGGCAGCUGCAAUGAUGACACCAGGAGUACUUCAGACAGUGGACGCAAGAGCCGCAGCAGGAGUCCGUCAAGCACAUCCUCCAUUGAAAAAGCUAGGACAAGGAAGCAGUCUUCAUCGUCAAGCAGGAGUCGAAGUCAUGAGAGACACACUUCUAAAGAUCCGAGCAAAAGCAGAAGCACCUCUCCAGACAGCCCCGGUGUGGAGAUGCGAGAUGAAAGCCCAGAGAAAAAAAGCCAAGGCCAAGUCAAGAAAAGAAGCCGGAGCAGAGAAAAGAAGAGAAGCAAAAGUCGAGAGAAGAAACCAAGUCCCAGUCGUAGCAGGGAAAAAAAGAGGAGUCAUAGUCGCGAAAAAAAGAGAAGCGUGAGCCGAGAGAAGAAAAGGAGCAAAAGUCGCGAGAGGAGAACGAGCCCUAGUCGAGAUAGAAGUCGCCGCAGCAGGGAGAAGAAAAGAAGCCGAAGCCGAGAGAAAAAACGAAGUCCCAGCCGAGAAAAGAAGAGGAGUCACAGUCGUGAUAAACGAAGGAGUCGUAGCAGAGAUAAAAGGAGAAGCCGCAGCCGCGACAAGAAGAGGAGCCGUAGUCGGGAGAAGAAGAGAAGCCGCAGUCGAGAGAAGAAGCGAAGCAUAAGCAGAGAUAGGCGUAGGAGCCGUAGCCGAGACAGGAGGAGGAGCCGCAGUAGAGACAAGAAGAUUAGCCCCAUCCGGGACAGGAAGCGCGGCCGCAGCCGAGAGAGGAGGAGGAGUCGCGACAAGAAGAGUCCGAGUCGGAGCCGAGACAGGCGGAGGAGCCGGAGCCGAGAAAGGAGGCGUAGCAGGAGCCGUGCACGACGAAGCUGGAGUCGGGCCAUGGAACUGCAACGCAGGCGGAGUGCUGAACGAUUGCGUAAGAAGAGCAGGAGCCCUCGGAAAAGAAGCCUGAGCAAGAGGAGGUCACCACCGCCACGUAAGAAGAGUCGCAGCCGCAGCCGAAGCCGGCGGCGUUCUAGAACACACAGUCCAGAGAGAAAGAGGAAGAGCCGCAGCCGUGAAAGAAUGCUACCGCAAGGCCACAGCAACCAGCAGGGAGUACUCCUCAGCCACAGGAACAGAGAGAGCAGGGAGCCCUCAGUGGUCAAGGUGGACAAGGCCCAGCUGCUGGAGGCUGCUCGCAAGAACAUGCAGGCCAUGUUACAGCGUGGUGUGGUCGCCAAGGGUCUCCCCGUGGCUGCAGCGGCAGCUGUGAACGCGACUGUCAAAGUGGUGGCGGCGGCAGUGGCAGCUGCUGCAGCUGAUCCGAAGUCAUCGCUGGCUGCCAGGUUGGAUGUGGGUGCGUCUGCGACUUCGACGCCCCCGAGUGAGGCUCCAGUCUUGCCCUUGGCAUUGUCAGGAGAUGGCACGGGCCCCUCUGUGACCCUUGGCAUAACCGAGGAGCCGCCAAAGGUCAAAAGGUCCUUGGCUGCACUCACUGAAAUCUGCAAGGCCAUCUCCGACGAAGAGAAGCGCGAGUACGCUGGUGAAGUGGAACCCAAGACGGCUGAAGAAGUGGCUGAAGAGUUCCAACAAACACACCACCACCCUUUCAAACUGAAGGAACCUCCACCCCCGAUUAGGUUUAACAUUCCUAAUGCCACCAACCUCCCCGUGAAGACGCUCGCCGAGAAGGUGGCCGAUGCUGCUCACCUGCACAAACAGUUUCCCGUCUCGAGCGGCAACCAGCACCGCGUGAAAGAGCUCGAGUGGGUGCCCGUGGAGAAGACGGAGCCGGCCCCCAAGGCCGCUCGGGCUGCGGCUGCCAAGAGUCGUGCUGCCCCGCCAAAGGAGGGAGGCACCUCCUCCCCGCUUGCCCUCAUGCCCCCUCCCUCCCCCUCACCCACCACUGAUACCUUUUCCCCGCUGCCCACUGUUGCCACUCCGCCUGUGUUUCAGGUGGAGGAGGUUCCGCUGCCCGUCUCGUCGGCAGUGAUUUCCUCGACGGUGAUGGAGCCGCCAGACCCUGCGCCGGCUGGAAAAGCAGAAACAGCCAAGACUGAUGAAGGUACAGCCCACCAAGAAGAAGCCGAAGCGCAGCCAGAGGGAACCAGUCAAACAACUGUUGGCAAUCUAGACAACGAUCAUGCCUCCAAUCUUCACAUCCUGGACAAAUCAGAUCUUGGAAAGUCUGACAGCCUGGAUAACUCUGAAGAGGACAAAACAGCAGAGGCCAAACAUGACAAUGUAGAUGACACCCAACAUAAAAUGGAGUGCAACACGUUCGCAGAUGAUCUGGACUCAACCUUCUUGUUUGAGGAGGUCCCACUGGAAAGCAUUCCCCUUCCAGAGGGGCCAUACAUUCCACCCGAAACGCAGCAAUGUGUCUCACUGGAACAUCAAGCAAGCGUGUCGGUCCCAGACAUCGAACCACAAGAUGAGACAGCCAAGAAGCCAAGAAAGUGGGAUGUUCCACCAGAGCAAUGGAUCUCCCAGAAAGCUGUCUCAGAUGACAAGGACUCCAUUUCUGAAUCAUCCAUAAAGCCAACAGCGAAAUGUCUAAUCGAAACUGAGCUAAAAUCAGUGAAGCUUGACGAACGAGAGUUCACUCCCGAGGUGAAGAGCCAGGAAGUGACUCCAAGUAAUCAAAAGCUUUCUAACAAGAUAAAAGAACCACCACAACCUGAGCUGUCUCAACAAAGCAAUUUGCCUACAUCCAAAAAAGCGGAGUUGGAUUGUCAAAAAAGAGCACCUAAAGAGAGCGAAUCAAAACAUAAAGAAAAGGGUCCUGUAAUUAACAAGGAGGAGCACCAUUCUUUGCAAGAAGUGCAGCUGGAAGCAGACAAGGUGUCCGUGCCAAAACAGCCACCAGAGCCAACUAAUAUCAGAGCAAAGCUUAGAAAGCUGAGGCGGGAGAGUCUAAUGUCAGUGCUUAAUUUUGAACCUUUAGAAAUUACCCAUAAAACUGCCACGAUCCAGUCUUUCGAAAUGAAACAAGAUGGCGCGUCCCUGUGCAAGCAGGCGUGGAGCAGAAUUUCUGCAUUGCAAAAAGAGUCUGCAUACUUCUCCGCCGAGAACAAGAAAGUGUUGCCAGAAUCAUCUAAACCAGUUCGAAACAACAAAGAAGACAGCAGCAGUAAAACAGAGCUUUGCAGGUCUCAAUCACCGCCAAAGACACAAAAUCCCAGUGUUCAAACGAAGGGCAGGCCAUCGUACUCUUCUUCAGAGAAGUCCUCAUCUGAGAAGAAGAAAGUGUCACCAGAAGCAUCUAAACCAGUUCAAUACAACAAGGAAGACAACACCAGUAAAACAGAAAUUCCCAGCAUUCAGAAGAAGGGCAAGCCAUCUUCCUUCUCUUCCGAGAAGAAGAAGGUUUUGCCAGAACCAGCUAAACCAGUUCAAAACAACAAGGAAGACAGCAGCAGUAAAACAGAACUUCACAGGCCUCAAACACCGUCAAAGACACAAAAUCCCAGUGUUCAGAUAGAGGGCAAGACAUCGUACUUAUCUUCCGAGAAGAAGAAAGUGUUGUCAGAACCAUCUGGACCAGUCCAAAACAACAAGGAAGGCAGUACAGAAGAAACAGAGCUUCACAGCUCUCAAUCGCCCUCAAAGACAAAAGAUCCCAGCAUUCAGACGAAGAGCAAGCCAUCGUACUCGUCUUCGGAGAAGAAGAAUGUGUCACCAGAACCAUCCAAACCAGUUCAAAACAAUAAGAAAGACAGCAGAUGUAAAACGGAGCUUCACAGCUCUCAAUUACCAUCAAAGACAAAAGAUCCUAGCCUUCAGACAAAGGGCACGCUAUUAUGCUCCUCUUCUGAGAAGAAGAACGUGUUGCCAGAACCAUCUAAGCCAGUUCAAAAGAAUGAGGAAGACAACACGGGCAAUACGAAGCUUCGCAGCUCUCAAUUACCAUCAAAGACAAAAGAUCCCAGCAUUAAGACGAAGGGCAAGCCAUCGUACUCCUCUUCCGAGAAGAAGAUAGUGCUGCCACAAUCAUCUAAACCAGUUCAAAACAACAAGGAACACAGCACUGGUAAAACAAAGCUUCAAAGAUCUCAAUCACCAUCAAAGACACAAAAUCCCAGUGUUCAAAUGAAGGGCAAGCCAUCACACUCCUCAUCAGAGAAGUCCUCAUCGGAGAAGAAGAAAGUGUCGCCAGAACCAUCUAAACCAGCUCAAUACAACAAGGAAGACAGCACCAGUAAAACAGAAAUUCCCAGCAUUCAGGAGGAGGUCAAGCCAUCUUACUUCUCUUCCGAGAAGAAGAAAGUUUUGCCAGAACCAGCUAGACCAGUUCAAAACAACAAGGAAGACAGCAGCAGUAAAACAGAACUUCACAGGUCUCAAACGCGACCAAAGACACAAAGUCCCAGCGUUCAGAUGGAGGGGAAGCCAUCGUACUCCUCUUCCCAGAAAAAGAAUGUGUUGCCAGAUCCAUCUAAACCAGUUCAGAACAACAAGAAAGACAGCAGCAGUAUAACAGAACUUUACAGGUCUCAAACACCAUCAAAGGCAAAAGAUCCCAGCCUUCAGACAGAGGGCAGGCCAUCAUACUUCUCUUCCGAGAAGAAAUUGUUGCCAGAACCAUUUAAACCAGUUCAAAACAAAAAGGAAGACAGCACAGGUAAUACGGAGCUUCACAGCUCUCAACCACCAUCAAAAACAAAGGAUCCCAACCUUCAGAAGGAAGGCAAGCCCAGUCCUAUAGAUUCUGUGGAUAAUGUCCAGCAGCCAACAACAGCAGGAUACAGUGGCACCACGGCCAGCCAGCGCAAACCUGAUCGAUUUUUGCGCCGACAGAUUCAAGGAAACGUUGUUGCUCAGCUCAUGCCUGGAUAUUUAACAUUUGGCAACAUGAUUGUGAACCCCGCACCGCCGGUACAUCCCCUAGUAAGAGACCAAGCUAAUAAAACUUCAGCGGAGCUAAGUGGUCCACCAUCUGGAAAAUGUGAUCAGAAUGUCAUCAGCAGUCUUGAGCGUGGGCCUACAACACAACCAGCGAGUUUUACAGUAGAGGAAUCUAGGCCAAUGCAGAACCAGGUGACACAGAAUUCAGUUACACCAAGAGAAGCGAAUAAAAGUGCUGACACUGACUUUGAACAGUCGCAUGGAAAUGCCCAACCUGCAAGCACUACAGUAGAGCGGGUGGUGACUGAUGCUGAGCUGUCGGUAAAGCGUGAAACGAGAGAUGACAACAAAACUAGACAAAGUGAGCGUGGUGGUCUUCCAGUAAAAUCACGGGGACAAAAUGAUCCGCAUGAGCAUAAGGAGCACACUGCUGUGCUGCCUGAAUAUACUGAGCAGUCCACAGAAGGCCAGCAAACUGCACUGUUGCCACAUUCAAAAAGCACACCGUGCAAGCUAACUCAGGACAACACUUCCGCUCAGUCUGAGGACCUUGCUGCACGUAUAUCAAAGCAUGUCUCGGCGAUAGGCAUCACAACCGAUAGAGAUUCUCGCACCACAUUAUCUCCAAAGAAUGAGAUGCUAUCCCGCCAAGCUGAACCUGAAAAUCCUUUGCCUCAGCUAAGCAAAGCAGGAUCCUCAACGAAACCCACAGAAAACACUGUAGCGACACGGAUGUCUGAAUUGCAGGACGAGGACAAUGCCUGUGGGCAGGCACAGAUCACCGUAGUGGAAGCCGGACAAGAUAAACUUGCCAUUAAUCCCAAGGAGCAGGCAACAGCGUCACUAACAGAAAGCAUAGCUCUGAGAAUGAUUGUGACACAGUAUGCAACUAGCACACUGGAUAACAGCAAUGAAGACAUAACUGGUAAAAGUGAAGUGAAUGUUGAGCAUGCGCAUCAUGGGCUAGAUGUUAGCUGCAAGCCCAAUGAUGUGCCUGUAAGCUUAGCAUUAACAGAAUCUACAAAAUCCUCCACAGUUCAAGAACCGGAUAGUGCUGUGUGUAAGCGUGGCAACUUGUCAACAGAGGAUGUGACACCUGAGCAUGAACUAACAAUGCUACUUUCAGCGGACAGUCUAACAGUAGCAAACCAAAAGGCGCAAGAGCCCCAGCAAGCUUCAACAAAACAACUAUCUCCAGAGCCUGAAUGCUUCGCAUUAGAAGAGCUGUUGUUAGCACCAACCACACACAAACAAGGACCAGAACAUUCCUCUCAUUGUGAACAAGGGAUGCAGCUUGAUCUUGAGCCUAAGCCUCUAAGUGAACCUCAGAAGCCUGAAAAAAUUAUAUCCACUUCUGGCUUGGCUGCUAGAGCUGUACAAGAGGGCACUUUACCUCAACAGGACAGCAGUGCAACCAUGAGUACCGAGCACAUUUCUCCAUCUUUAAAACCAACUAUCGUGGUGCCGUCAACAUCGUCCCCCUCACCUGUGGGCUGUACUACUGAAAUGAAAGUGCUGUUACCCAAGACUGAUGACAAGAACGCAGCCCAGGAGCUACGGCUAAAUCAUCCUUCUACUGAAACAAGUGGAAAGCCUAUGGUUCAUGUGGUUGAAAAUUCGAAUCGCCUGUCAGACAACAGUGAAGCAAAGUCAAUAGAUGAUGGGCCACCUUUAGAACAGAGCCAGAAAAGCACUCAUGAACAUGACCUUCCCAGGAAGAAGCAGUUGCAGAUCUCUCACGAGCCUGCUGGGAAGGCCAGUGGGUUCACCCUGCUCAAUGCAGCUGUCAGCCAUAAUCAAAAUGAAAAACUAGCAGCCAAUGUGCCUGAGCACUCCUCGCCUAGUCUCCCAACUGAAAGCUUAGAGACCAAACCAGUGUUAUACGAACUGCUUCCAGGAGAUAAUGGAGCAAGUACUUGUGAAAUUCUUGAAAACCAGUCUGAGUGGGAACCAGUUCUUAUUAAAUAUGACAACACCACAUCUUCACAAGAUAAUGAGAACGAAAGUGUGUUGUCAUAUUUGAAUGCGGAAGAGUCAAGUUCUCAACAGGGAGAGUUGGAGAGUGAAUAUAUUGAAGAAGCAAGUGACCUGGUAGACAAGUUCAUGCAACCUGCAUCUGACAUUACAGGCGACCAGCCACAAGGAGAGGCCAUGGCUAUAGAUCGUGAAAACUUAUCUAAGGACCUGUCGAUGAAAGACACAGAAGAUAGAGAAACAUCGCUGUCCUUUAGUCAGUUGCAAAGAAUCAAUGAGACGAUUGAUGUGACCAGCAAUUUGCAGCAUUCUCAUCAUACUACCGCUGCCACUGCUGCCACCAUACAGUAUCAGUUUGAAAAAGACAUUGGCACUGAUGAAGUUCGUUCAAUUACAGCUGCCCAACCAUCACAAGGUGCGCAGACUGAAAACACAUCAUUACUUUCCAAGAAUGAAAACGUCACCAUCGAGCAAGCAGUAUCUGUGAGCAGCCACACAGCUAAGCAAUUCGCAGAUGGUUCACGCAAGUCUCUACAUCUUGUGUGUGGGACAAACCAACGUGAAAUGACAGCCAAUGAUGGCGAACGGGACCUCAAUGUGAGACCAUCAUCAGAAAACGCUGGAGACGAGAGUAAAGUCCUGAGUAAGGAACACGCAAGCACUGAGCAGACAGAAAAUGAGAGCCUUCUAGCACAAGAACAUGAAAAUCACAUUUUUAAAGCUGAAACAGCCAAAAGUGAAGAGAUCACUGCAAGCAGUGAUUAUGAAGACACGAAAUCAUCACCUGAGCACUCUGCAGAUCAGCGUGCACUGUUCAUUCUUGACAAAGCGCGAGUGAGGGCUGAGCAAGGAGAACUGGAUAAUGCCACUGUACUAGAACAGAGUGAUGACUCCACCUGUAAUUGUGUGCUAAAAAUCAAAAUGGACAUACUUCACAAGGGUUUCACUCACAUUGUGCAAGACCUCACUAUGACACCCGCAUUAGAAGGCAUCAAUCAAACCGUAUCAUUACUUUCAAACCAAGAGACGAUUGUGAGUCGCACAGACUUGAUUCACCUGACAGAAGAUCACAGAAGGGACUCUGGCAGUGAACUUGCAUCCAAGGAUGAAAUAAAGGACCUUCAAAGUGCUACUGCUGAUGGUGAGCGAGAUUAUACAGCGACACCAGCAUCAAAAGAUGACGAAUAUGUGAGUGCAAUGGACCAGAAGUGGGCAAGUCACGGGCAGGAAGUUGCAGACAUCUUUCCGAUAGAGGCACUGACAAGCAGUUCCGCCGACAAACCUGUAUUUGCGGGCAAAAUCGUCAAUCUUAAAGAGGGCGCAGCUUGCGCUGAGCAAGAUCAUUCUGCCAUAUCAACAUCAAGUCAUGUGGAAGCUGAAUCUAUGCUGAUACUCCCAACAGAGGAAAAAACGAGUACAGAGCUGACGACUCUACUGGAGGGUAGAGAGAAAGAUACACCUGCUGAUGUACCUCCACUUGAAGAUAGAGGUGAACAGCAUCACAAGAGCAAUGAUGUAACCGAGCACAAUAUCCUGGCAGCUCUAUCAGCAAGAGACAAAUCUGAAAACGCACAUGUGCCCUUCACUGGGCAGGAGGCGCACUUGAACUUGCCCAUUACUCAAAUAAAUGCACCUAUUAGUGAGAAACUAUGUGAGCUUGAAAUGAGCGCACCCGCAGUGCAAGUUUUUGCUAGUAACCUGAGAGAUGUGUCUCGGCCUACAUCACUUCAAACCAAUAGCGGGGACAAUGCCGGCCAACAGCUGCAUGAAGUGCGCAGGGCUGUCGCAGAGUGUGAAACAGAGCCUGCAUCAUCUUUUGUGGGUGAGAACAUUCUCAAUCUGGCAAAACAGGCCAAUGCUCUGCCAGGUCAUGACCAGUUGCAACAUGAUGCCCCACAACAUGAAACAAAUGCCACAGUGCCAUCUGUGCCAAACUGGGCCCUGCACGUUGAGGAAUUGGCUGGAAAACUACCCAUUGGUUCGGCAGAAGUUGAUGAAAGUGAAAUUCUAGUCAUUGCAGUAGCUGAAGAGAGCCUCAGUGAGGAAUCAAGAGAUAAAACAGAUAACUGCCAGCAACAUGACCAUGUAAAUGAGAACAUUUCUAGACCAACUCAACAUUCCACACCAUCGUUUACAAACCAAUCAAAGGAUGGUAAAAUGGCUUCUGUAGGCGUUAUGAGCUCACCAUGUGAGCCAGAUAUUGAAGGUAAUGCAAAUCAGCAACAAAACACCAUAACUCAACCUGAGCAGCCUGGCGUUUCUUCGAGGUUUGAUGCCAGUGCAGAAUUUACACUGUUUGCCUCGUCAUUGGAGGAACAUCUUAGCACUUCCAGUGCUGAAGCAGCUAUUGUGCUAAGCACACAGGCAGGGCUGGAGGAUAUUGAAGUGGCUUCGGUCAUUGAAGUUUCAGCUGAGGAGAUUAUACUUUCAGCAGACGUUUCACCAACGCACAGCUGCCAGGUGACCGAGUCAAGCCGGAAAGAGUCUGUAGCACGCACAAAUGAACAAAGUUCCCAAUUAGUUAGCACUUCUGAGGGCAGAGGCAAGUCUAUAGCCUAUGCAGUUGGCCACCCUGCCUUAAUGUCUUCUGAUCAACGUCCUGCAGAGUUCCUUAUAAUAGGGUCGUGCAAUGAGGAACUCUCAGCUAUUCCUCUGGCUGAGCCGGAGAUGAGAGACCAUGCUGCUGAAGAAACAGGCGAUGUGGCAGGUGGAAUGCCACGAGAUGGUGCUCUUUUAUCCCCAGAAGCUACUCUAAAUGAGCUAUUGUGUAAGGAAGAAAUAGAGCCAGCUCCUUCCACCAUCACAGAUGGCUCCUCACAUUUGCAACAUUCACAAGGAAUAAGAGCAGGAGCGGCCUCAAAACUGACAACACCCUCGGAAACUCGAUUGGCAGGUGUGGAUCUGGGAAGCCAAUUGCUUCCUUUACCUACACUACCUCAGACCCCACUCACAAACCCCUCAGUUGUCCAUGAUGAAAAGCUGCAGCCACAUCCCGAACCAUUGUCUACCACCUCAAGUUGCAGCCACUAUGGAAGCACCCAGGAAUUGCUCGAGCAGCCUGCAGAAGACUCGGCUCUGCAACCAAGACACGUUAAUGCAAUUUCAAUACAUGGGAAUGCUCUGAGUAUGCAUAUAACAGUAUCGGUACCUCCAAGCCAGGCUGGUAAUGAAGAGGCUAGUUUGGACAUUCCUGUCACGGAGGAGUCUGUGGUUGUAGCAGUAUCGUUACCUUCAAGCCAAGCUGGUAAUGAAGGGGCUAGUUUGGAUAACCCUAGCAUGGAGGGGUCCGUGGAUGUAGCAUUAUCGUUACCUUCAAGCCAGACUGGUAAUGAAGAGGCAAGUUUGGACAUUCCUAGCAUGGAGGAGUCCGUGGACGUAGUAUCGUUACCUUCAAGCCAGGCUGGUAACGAAGAGGCUAGCUUGGACAUUCCUAGCAUGGAGGAGUCCGUGGAUGAAGCAGUAUCGUUACCUUCAAGUCAGACUGGUAAUGAAGCGGCAAGUUUGGACAUUCCUAGCAUGGAGGUGUCCGUGGACAUAGCAGUACCGUUACCUUCAAACCAGGCUGGUAAUGAAGAGGCUAGUUUGGACAUUCCUAGCAUGGAGGAGUCCGUGGACGUAGUAUCGUUACCUUCAAGCCAGGCUGGUAAUAAAGAGGUUAGCUUGGACAUUCCUAGCAUGGAGGAGUCCGUGGAUGUAGCAGUAUCGUUACCUUCGAGUCAGACUGGUAAUGAAGAGGCAAGUUUGGACAUUCUUGGCACGGAGGAGUCCAUUCACAUAGCAGUGUCGCUACCUCCAAGCCAGGCUGGUAAUGAAGCUAGUUUGGACAUUCUUAGCAUGGAGGAGUCCCUGGAUGUAGGAGUAUCGCUACUUCCAAGCCAGGCUGGUAAUGAGGAGGCUAGUCUGGACAUCCACAGCGCGCGAGCGCCCAUCCAUGCGACAAAGUCCCUGCCAUCUGCAGUCACGCAAAGCACACGACAGGAGGAAGCUGAGAAACAGCUUGUAGAGUUGACAGAGCAGAUGGAACCCACAAGGGGAAAUACACUCAUGGGCGAAGAGGUGAAAAAUGAAGAGCCAGCCCAAAAUAUAAUGCCUCUAAGAAAACGACCGGCUAUGCGUCAACUGCCAGAACAUUUUGCAGAAGAAUGCGCACUCCUGAAUGAGCAAUCUCCAUCGCCUCUCAGCUCUCACAUAGAAACGUUACCUGAGGAACAUAAGCCAAAAAAGGCUGCCACAAAACCCAAACGCAGAGGCAGGACGUCACUAGCACACUCACAAGGAGAGAGUGAUGAAACAGAAACGCUACCAGUGAGAAGGUCCACCAGAAACAAAAAGCCGCCAGAGCGUUUCUGUUUUUAGAAUUGUGCUUUUGUUUUUAUCAAGCCACAAACAAGGUGGCAAUGAUCACUACAUGGAAUGCUAAGAUUGAAACACAAUGCACAUAGUCAUACUCAUACCUUUUCAGAAUCAGUCAUUCAUUUCACUAGAAAUACCAGUACUCAUGUCAUAAUAUCCCCUUCAGGCGCCAAUUAAUUCUCUUUGUUGAAUCUUUCGGUUGAACAUUUAUUUCAUCUUCAGUAUAAUUAAAGACAAGCAGACGUGGAAUAGAUUUAUAAUCCUCGAGUUUUCAAGUUUUAUUGCGUCCGCAAAUAUGGACUCUGCACCUGAACUUUCAAAGAUACUUGAGGUGCAGGAAUUUGAAUUGUAACUUGAAUUGGGUUUGGAGUACACCAAUCUCCUUAAGCAAUUUUCGUAGUGCAGACUACUACUGUCAAAGACAACGAAACGAGAGAACCUUCCUACACAACAACAUAGCUAGUAUUGCAGCAAACAUGCAGAUGUAUAUUUUGUAGCUGCUUUCAGUAACUCACUUGGCACAGUUUACAGUGUAGGUACAAUCAGAAGUACUUUGGGAUGUAUUAAGCACAUGUGAAAUAUCAUUGUUUUAAUAAAACAGACUGGUGGGCUAGCUGGUAUAGCAUGUUAA